UCCAACAGCCGGGUCCUUUCCGUUCCAGAGCAUGGGGAAAUUUUGAGAAAAUUACUCUUUUCUACACACAAUUCAGCAAGAUGAGAUCAUCAAAGUUACUUAAAUUAGCUCAUCAUACAUAUACCUCACAGAGACGUUGUCUUUGUUCUGAGACCAAAAAGUUGACGAAUAAUGAAGUGAGACAGAAAAGAUGUGAGCUCUUUCUAAAAGAAAGAGAACGUCAGUUCAACCUGAUUCGACGCAUUGAGAAGUUUGAAGUGUCAUACAAGGGCCAGCCAGACAGCUGUACACUCAUCAUGAAUAAAGGCUUGUCAACCCCUUUCAACUGUUCAAUGCAUAUUCAGGAGCUCAUGACGAAACGUUCAGCGUUGGCUCUAGUGAACGGUGAACCAUGGGAUAUGCACCGCCCCCUUACAGAAGAUUGUGAGCUAGAGUUCCUCCAUUUCAAGGACGAGGAUCCAUUCCAUGUCAAUCAGGCUUUCUGGCGUUCGUGCUCCUUCAUCCUUGGUCACAUCUUGGAGACAGCUUUUAAGGACGACUAUUAUGUGGAGUUGUGCAGCUUUCCACCACCAAAUGUGCGAAGUGGGAGUUUCGUGUAUGAUGCUGACCUCAAGAUGGACAACUGGACUCCAACACCAACUGAGCUGCGUUGUCUUGGAGGCAUCGGUUACAGGCUGAUGUUCUCUGAUUCGAAAUUUGAAAGAUUGGAAGUCGAUGCCAGUGUUGCUGCUAAAAUGUUUGAGGAUAACAGAUUUAAGUCUGCACAGAUCCCAGCGAUUGCUGCCAAGUCCAGGAGUGGGAGUAACGUGACAGUCUACAAGAUGGGUGAUACCAUAGACCUCAGUCAGGGACCUAUGAUCUCCACCACGGCGUUAAUUGGAAGAUUUAGUGUCUCUGCUGUUCACCGUAUCCAGUCGCCUGACCUUGGCAGUUUAUAUCGUGUCCAAGGCUUAGCCAUUCCUCAGCAGACCAGAAUGCAUUACUGGCCUUACGAAAAUAUACUCUUACCAAGAGCUACAAAAUUAAAUCCUGCUCAGCUACCCACGUUAUUAAAGCCAACACCAGAAAGUUUACCUUUGUCAUGAGAAUAAAGUCAGGAAUAUGAUAGAAUGGAGGACUUAGAUAAUUCAGAAGACUUCUGACCGUCAGAUUUUGAUGAUGGGAGACUAGCGUCUGUAAAAUGAUCAAGUCCUAGACAAUGUAGUCUGCAUAUCUUGAAUAAAUUGUUUGUUUUUAAAAUAUGAAA